AGGCGGCAGCGACGGGAACGUCACCGCGGCGGGGCGGGGCGUGCUGCUAGGCGAGGAGCGGUGACAGUUGCCGCGGGCCGGCUCCGCCUCUUCGCCACGGGCUACGGGCCGAGCAGCAACAGCCGCGGCGGAAGCACCACCAGAUCUAUAGCAGCAUCCCUGAAGUCAAUAAUGUUUUCCAAGCUAACCCGCUCACAGAGCAUCGCUGUUCUCUGUCGAAGUGUUCAUGCUUCGCUCAGUUCUGCCACCUCAGUUGCUACUAAGAAAACCAUUCAAGGACCUCCAUCCUCCGAGUUCAUAUUUGAACGUGAGGCUAAAUAUGGUGCCCACAAUUAUCACCCACUGCCUGUUGCUCUGGAAAAAGGAAAAGGUGUUUAUGUGUGGGAUGUUGAAGGUAGAAAGUAUUUUGACUUUCUGAGUGCUUACAGUGCUGUUAAUCAAGGCCACUGUCACCCAAAGAUCGUGAAUGCUCUGAAAACUCAGUCUGAGAAACUGACCCUUACAUCCAGAGCGUUCUACAAUGAUGUACUGGGUGAAUAUGAGGAGUUUGUCACCAAAAUGUUCAAUUAUAACAAAGUUCUUCCAAUGAACACAGGAGUGGAAGCUGGAGAAACUGCCUGUAAGCUGGCUCGGAAGUGGGCAUACACUGUGAAAGGAAUUCCAAAGUACAAAGCAAAAAUUAUUUUUGCAGCUGGCAACUUCUGGGGCAGAACAAUGUCUGCUAUCUCUAGUUCGACUGACCCAUCCAGCUAUGAUGGAUUUGGACCCUUCAUGCCGGGUUUUGAAGUGAUCCCAUACAACGACCUACCAGCUCUUGAGCGGGCCCUUCAAGAUCCCAAUGUAGCAGCAUUCAUGGUCGAACCCAUUCAAGGUGAAGCAGGUGUGGUCAUUCCUGACAAAGGUUAUCUCACAGGAGUGCGGGACCUCUGUACAAAACACAAUGUUCUCUUUAUUGCUGAUGAAGUACAGACUGGUUUAGCCAGAACAGGGAAGAUGCUAGCUGUUGACCAUGAAAAUGUGAGACCUGAUAUAGUUCUUCUCGGAAAGGCCCUUUCUGGUGGCUUAUAUCCCGUCUCAGCAGUACUAUGUGAUGAUGAAGUCAUGCUGACCAUUAAGCCUGGUGAACAUGGAUCUACAUAUGGAGGAAAUCCAUUAGCUUGCCGUGUUGCAAUAGCAGCACUGGAGGUAAUUGAAGAGGAAAACUUGGCUAAAAAUGCAGAAAUAAUGGGUAAUAUAGUAAGAAAUGAGCUCAUGAAGACACCAUCAGAUAUUGUAACUUGUGUACGAGGAAGAGGACUAUUAAAUGCAAUUGUAAUUCGGGAAACCAAAGACUACGACGCCUGGAAGGUGUGUUUGCGGCUUCGUGAUAAUGGACUUCUUGCCAAACCUACUCAUGGUGAUAUUAUCCGGCUGGCACCACCCCUUGUCAUUAAGGAGGAUGAAAUUAGAGAGUGCAUUGAAAUAAUUCAUAAGACCAUUCUGUCUUUCUGAACAUGUGGCUUUCCAAGUGUAUCUGCUGACUGACCCAAGGUGCUGCGUGGAAAUAAGUGAGAUGAAGGCCUGGUCUUGAAGCAAGCAUCUCCUGUUCCUUUUAUCCAAGAGGACUUGACUCUUCAAAAGUAGCUAUGCCCUUCAAUUAUAAUAGGUCUGAAGAAAAUACAGAAUGAUUUUAAAGAGUUUCCAGUUUAAAGAGUUCCCAGACUUGAUGAGGUUCUGUUCAUCUAGUUGUGUACCAACUGAACAGUUAAGUCAGAAUGUUUGAGGGGAGGUAUCUAUAGAAAUCUGGUUAAUUGUUGAAAGUCUUGGCCAAAGUGUGAUUUAUAUAUGUUUUACUAAGGGUAAUCUUGCACCCUCAUCCCUGCCCAUGGCAAGGGUUUGGAACUAGGUGAUCUUUAAGGUCCCUUCCAACCCAAACCAUUCUAUGGUUCUGUGGUUCUAUAUCACUCUCCAAAAUGUUGUAUUUGGCAUUUCUGCCCCUUGGUGAGGUGCCUGUAAGAUAGAAGCACUUGUGUUAUGGAUGAAUAAUACAACCUGGGUGUUAUGCUGGAGAACCAUCGAGCAUCGAGAAGCAUCGAGCUGUAUUCUGUAUGUACAAUAUUCUGAUUGUAUGACAAGAGAUGCUGUUUUCAAGCCUGGCCUCAGUGUUUGGCUUUGUAAUCUUGUACAAUAGAUCUGAGCAGACAGACGGGUUUAUACCGUUAUAAAACUUUCUGUAACCUGAAUGUUUAUAUUAAACCAUGCCUUGCAUUAUUAAAAGAAGUUAAUGUGCAAUUAUAAUACAGAGUGUAUUCAAAAAAGAA